UCAGCGCGUACUGCUCCGUCACCCUCUUUAUAGCAGCGUCUUUUUUCGGAGGAAAACAAAGCCAGUCAACGCUGGAAGUCGGUAAUUUAGCAUUGGAAAUCAGUGCCGUGACACGAAUUGUAGGUGUACACCAGACCAGCACAGCUAAAUUUAACGUGGCAAGUUUGAAGGUCCAUCAGCUCUCCUAAUGAUACAGCAGCAUUAAGGGUACUUCCAUACUUCCUAAGGAUGGCUAGUUGUGGGGAGGUAGACCACUCUGUUAGCUCUCUUCCCUCCAGUAAGAAAGGCAGCAACAGUGGUGGUGGAAGUGGGAACAGUGCAGAAUCAUCAUGCUCUGGCUCCAGCAACUCAUCCCCAGCCCUGUCUGUGCCGGAGUGUGCCAUCUGUCUGCAGAGCUGCGUCCACCCAGUCCAACUGCCAUGCCAUCACGUCUUCUGUUUUCUGUGUGUGAAGGGAGCAUCCUGGCAGAGCAAACGCUGCGCUCUCUGCAGACAGGAAGUACCAGAUGACUUCCUGGAAAGGCCCACACUUCUCUCUCCAGAGGAAUUGAAAGCAUCGGCAGGAGGUCGGGGUGGGGCAUCAAGUGAUCACGCCUGGUAUUAUGAGGGGCGUAAUGGUUGGUGGCAGUAUGAUGAGCGAACCAGCCGCGAGCUGGAGGACGCUUUCUCCAAGGGCAAGAAAACAGCUGAAAUGCUGAUUGCUGGUUUUUUGUAUGUAGCCGACUUGGAGAACAUGGUGCAGUACAGGCGUAACGAGCACGGGCGUAGACGCAAGAUGAAGAGGGACAUUUUGGAUAUCCCCAAGAAGGGAGUGGCAGGACUGCGUUUGGACACUGAAGGUGUUACUGGGGCCAUUGGGGCAGCAGGUCGAGAAAACUCUGCUGAUGGGGCUGAUACCACAGUAGCAGGUGUACAGCAGGUUACAGGAAACCCCUCAUCUGUUAUAGCCACUGCCAGACCUCCCACCUCCCUUGGUGGCCAGCCUGGCAGCAGCAACAGCAGCCCCACUCUGGAAGAUGCUCUCUCCCAGCUGCAGAUCAGCCCCAGGCCCACACCUCAUGAGCGGUCUGAGGCUGGGGAAGGAGAGGAUGAGGAAGAGGAGGCCUCACCCUCCAGGUCCUCUGACCCUCACACCUCUGUGGACGAGUCUGGCUCUGGAGACUGGAGUGAUGACGAGGAAGAGGAGGAUGAAGAAGAAGAGGAAGGGGGAGAUGCGGAGCGUGCAGAGCCCUGGGAGGAUAGGCCACGGAGGCAAAGACUGAAUCCAGAGGACAGAGCCCCUCCUGGCGCAGAGUCCACCUCCCCCCCUUCCUCAUCCAGUAGCAGUGGAAGGUCCAGAAUGCCCGAUGGCCAGUGUACAGUGACUGAAGUGUGAAGUCAUCGUUGAUACCAUCAUCACCAAAUGGCUAUGUUACAUUUCAUUAAUUUAUUCCUCACUGUAUGCUAUUGUUCACUCUGUCACGGAUGGAAUGUGGGUGGAUUGCUUGGAACAAGAGAAAUUUAAGCAUAACAUACUAAACAACUAAAUUUUUUUUUUUUUUUCUCUAAUUUGAACUUUUCUGGCUCCCAAUAACCUGAAUGUAUCUGUAUGAUUGGGUUUUGUCAUUGUCAUCCUGUGUAUAUACCCAGCUAGUAAAAGUAAUGUUUUCUGUUCUAGCACUGAGCGGUCAAGUACUGAGACAGGAGGUACAGCUUGGUAAACAGCCAGAUGGAUACAGCAUGUUGUUGUGAGCCAUGAAAUCUCAUAAUUGUCUGUCCAGAACAUCAUGUGUGGUAGGUGUAGCAGACUUAUUGUGGUGUUCAGCUGCCACCGGUCUGCUUACUUUUUAGCCAUUUGGUUGCAGAUACAUGGAGUCUCCUUUCUAAAUUUUAGAACCGUGUAAGUUAAAUGUGACUUGCCAACUAGCUUCUGCCAAUCCUAGGUAUCCUUGUGUUGAAAGAGGGUUUCUGGGAGUCUCAGCCAGCUCUGUGACUUUUGCGAGAGAAAGCAUAACUGGGGAUUUUACUCCGUGAAAUGGAACUGUCUUUUAACAUUAUCAUGAACGGCUGCAUUCUAAUCAACUCCGCUUUAACUCUCUCAGCUAACAUGGCACACAGAAAUGGGCUUCUUAGAGCUCAAGUCAUCUGACUACUCUUGCAAAGAAUUUAUUUCUUGAACUGUUCCUAACCUCCACCCUACCUAGAUGAUUUCCUUACGACCGAUUUAACUGAUGUGAAGCCUUUCCUUCACAUUUCUGAAAUGCAACUGUAAACUUUUGUCAUUUCAGAGCAGAUUGUGGUUUUAAAGAAAAUCUUCAGGUUGUUUAUCCAGAUAAAGAAAGGAAACCGAAGUACUAACUGACUGUCUUAAGCUAUGUGCGUAAUUAAAUUUCUCACUUAAUGUGCUACAACAUUAUACAACAGUAUUGUAACUCUGGAGCCUGCAGGAAUAUCUGACCUAUCGUUUCUUAGAUUUGAUUUCAAUUAACCUGCAGCUUUUUGAAUGUCUAAUGUCUGUAGAGUUUACAAAUCCUGUUUUAAAUGACAGUACAUAUCAAAUGUAUUUUAACCUUUCCCAACUUUAAAUAAUUGGCAUUUUAAUGUGAAGUGUCAGUGUUUUCAUUUUAAAGCUGUUGAGGCCUUGGUAGCCUUAAUAGUAUUCUUAUUGUCCCUGGCUAAAGUAUUCUCAAUUGGUGUGUUUCUAAAGUUUUGUGACUUGUGCAUGUUUGAAGAGAGAGUUAUUUAAACACCACUGGUUGGCGGGAUGUUGAGAAUUCAUGUUUUUGGGUUUGGUUUGAGUAAAUGUCUUUUUAAUUUGUUUUGUUUUUUGCAUUUCUUACUGUUGUAAAUCCUCUUGUGUGAUGUCUGAGGCAGCAAGAGAACAAGAACAUGCCAUUGCAAUUGUCCAUUCUGCAGAGAUUUCAAGUUAUGUUAUUUUUAUAUUUCUUACCUGCUUACAUCAUCUGCUCAGACUUAGACAUUCUGAAAAAUAAAGUUUGUGUAACAGUU